AUUUAAUACACGCUUUGGGAGGUUCUAAAUUAUAAUGAAAUGUUUAUAAGUUAAUUAAUAACAAAACAGAGACGCAAUUAAAAUAGUAUUUAUUGGCAGAAUUAUCGUGCAUAAAAAGACCGUUUUAUAUUAAUGUAUUACCAGUUACCUUGAAAACAAUCAAUCAUGAAGUACUUCAAAGCUAAUAUCUUUUAUAUGUUAAUUUUCUGCCUGAAACCUAUAACUUGUGGCCGUGGCCAAGUCUAUGAUGUGACACAAAUAGAUACCAUUGACAUUCCUGGUAAUCUGGUGAAAAUAUCAUCGAGGAUAAUUGGUCGCGAUUCUGCUAUCAAUGGAACCUGGGAAUUUCUGGAAGAAGUGAACAAUGAUGCGAAAAUGGAAAUAGCGAUAUUUGUUGAUACAGUCCAAAAUGGUGAUUGGAAACCAAUGGCAAUAAAGCUUCCUGUUCUGGGGGUGUGCACUACUCUAAAGAGAUAUUACAAUUCAUAUAUUAAAAAAUCGUUCAUAACUGGCGUAACUACAGAUUUCGAUUUUAAAAAUGGAGAUCUGUGCCCAAUACCCACAGGAAAAUAUUGGAUGAAAAAUGUAAUACUAGACUCCGAUAAUUGGCUGAAUCUAAUGCCAACAGGAUACGUCAAAGUGCAGAUCUCCGUAAUAAAGGAUAAUAUUUUUGGCGGAGCAUUCGCUGUUAUCGUUAAAAUCGAAAACAAGCCGUUAUAAUAAAUUUUGUUUUGAAAUGAUAAACUAUAUAACGGAUGCCGUGCAAAGUAGUUAU